AUGUUUGAUGAUAUUCCAGACCACGUGACAGCACUACCGAUGGUGGACUGGCGCGAUCCCGUGGAGGAAGACAUCGACAGGAACCUGGAGUGCGUCACGAGGAUCACAGGCACCUCCACAAAUGGGCACGUGCCAGCACUUCAUAUACACGAGGCGUUCGUAGUGGAUCACCAUAGUCUUCCAGAAGAUAAGCAGAAGUAUCUGAAACAGCUUAGAAACGACAUAAACCAAAGAAAAGAGGCGAUAACCAGAAUAGACGAAGAGGAGGAUCCAGCAAUUUUAUCAGGACUACUAUGCGAGUGGCUGGAAGGGCUGAAGCAGCCAAUCCUGGAUCGCGAAGACCUGUCCAUCAUAGUCGGUCGCGCGCAUAAUGUGGAGUCUUGCAUACUAGCUUUACAGAUGGAGGACAUGAUGCUAAUAGAGUAUCUGCUUCGCUUCGUCACGCGUCUGCGACCUCUCGCCGCUGCCAAAAAAGUAGACAUUAUAAAACGCCUGCUAGCCUCUCUCACCCACCAAACUGUAAUGCUGACCGGCCGAUGUCUUCCAACGCGCAGGGACUUUUCCCGCCUUCGGGAGGGCACCUGCACCCAAGCUGUCAACUUCAUGCUGCGAAUGAUAGUGGAAAUCCAGAAGGACAUGCUCAAGUCGGGAAGGGACGAUGCUGAUGUUGUCGUCCCUUGUAGGAGAUUGAAAAUAAAGGCUUGGAAAUAAA